AUCAUUCGCCAAGAUUGCCUCCAAGAAAAGGCAAAAGAAAUAGUAGGAUAAAUCUCUUCCUGUCAAUUCAUACAACACGGACUGGUGAAAGCUCCUUGUUUUUAUGCAGUAUCUUUCAGCUGAUGCCUACCUUUGGGGCUGUAAGCUCUGUCAAGCUGUUGCCUUUUGGGCAUCAAUCUUCCCCUCCUCUGCGGCUUUUUACUCACAUCAGUCUCCCCUGACCUUUGUUUCGUAGUUAGGAGAGGUAGCAAGCAGCGGGGAGAGGGGAUGUGUGGAUCGUUGAUAUAGACUUGUUCAGGUAGCGAGGUGUUGGCUCCAAAAAGAACAUAGUGUGGCGUCGACAGGAGGAGGAGAAAGGAAAGAUUGGAUCUUCGUGAGUGGAAAAGGUGCGAUUUUACCGAGCCAGAGAGCUAAAGUUCGCUGUUUUGGAUGGAAGGCGCGUGGGAUCUCAACGAUGCGGCGUCGGACGAGGAGGACGAGAAGGGGAAGGCCGCCGGAGCCACCUUGGCUGAGGCGGAGAACGACGACUCCGGCUCCUCCGUCGUCGUCAUCGAGGCGUCGGAGGAGCGGGAGGACGACAGCGGCGCCGGGAGAAUCUUCGGGUUCUCCAUCUCCGGCCGCCGCGGCGAGCAAACCUCCGCGGAGAGCGCGCCCGCCGUCGUGACUCACCAGUUCUUUCCUUUCGACGACGUGGAGGAGGCUCGGGCCGGCAAAAGCUCGGGGGCUGCGCCGGCUACUCGCGCCCGCUGGGCAGGGGUCAGGGUCUGCCACUCCUCGGAGCCGAUGGUGGCCGGAAUGGUGACGGACGCGCCUCCGCCGGUGAAGAAGAGCCGGCGAGGUCCGAGGUCGAGGAGUUCCCAGUACCGGGGCGUGACCUUCUACCGGAGGACCGGCCGGUGGGAAUCCCAUAUCUGGGACUGCGGAAAGCAAGUUUAUCUGGGUAUGUAUGAGCCAAGAUUUCGUCAAAAUUCCGAAGCUAUUGAAAGAUUUGAUUUUGUUCUUGAUCGAGUUAGAAAUGAACUUUUGUUGAUUGCUUGCCAUGUAAAUGUGUUUGUAGGUGGAUUUGACACUGCAUAUGCCGCAGCAAGAGCUUAUGACCGAGCUGCAAUCAAGUUUCGGGGAUUGGAUGCCGAUAUUAAUUUUAGCUUGGAUGACUACGAAGAGGACAUAAAGCAGAUGGGCAAUGUCACGAAGGAGGAGUUCGUUCAAGUGCUUCGACGCCAAAGUACCGGGUAUCCCAGAGGGAGCUCCAAGUACAGGGGAGUCACUUUGCACAAGUGCGGGAGGUGGGAGGCCAGAAUGGGGCAGUUUUUUAGUAAAAAAUACGUGUACCUGGGACUCUUCGAAACUGAAAUUGAAGCUGCUCAAGCUUAUGACAAGGCUGCAAUCAAGUUCAAUGGGAAGGACGCGAUAACAAACUUCGAUCCCAAGAUAUAUAAGAAAGAACUUGAUAUUCAAACUGAGCCUCCUGAACAUAAUCUCGACCUAAGCUUGGGCGGAUCAGGCUCCAAAAGGAAUUACAUCGAAACAAUCGAUGAUGAAGGCACAAACAUUGUUGAUCAACUACAGCACAUGGCCUCUGAUUCGGAGUGGAACCGCAACAUGAUACCCAAGUUUGAUGGCAAGCAUAAGCUGCCUGAUGGAAAAGACAGCAGAAGUGGCUUUCACCAUGUUAAUGGCUUCGUUCAGUCUCCAAGCCUUUUUAAGACGAACGAGGUGUUCAACUGUGCACCAGUCCAAAUGAACAUCAACACGUCCCCGAUGUUCCAGAUCAUUCCACAACAAUUGAAUCCAUCUAGUUUUUACCAAUGUCCUGGCAGCAGCGAUGGGGAAAGAUCCGGAAAAUGGCUUUCAUUAUCUAGUGGUGGUGAGCAACAUCUGCGGCACCCGUGCUGGGGACAAGGCAUGGAGAUUAGCUAUGGUUCGCAAUGCCAUCACCUCAAUCGUUUGUCACCACUAAUUUUGCAGCAUCAUCAGGAUUCCCACCACAGAUAGCAAACUCACCCUCCCAAUGUGCAAAACAAGAAAUGGCAUCUAGAUUUCCAUCCAACCUGGUCGAAACACGGAACAGCAUUCAAUGAUGCUAUCAAUUGUCUUUGGCACAGAAGGACCCACCCUGUCUUUGUUUUGUUUCAGCUCUCACCUCAGAAAACCACAGCACCUCAUCAAACCUUUGCGACUCCUUUUGUGUGUAAUCGGCACGGGAUCGAGGAGCUUAGAGUGUGUGUGGGAUGGAUGGAUGGAUCAAAUUGGCUUCUUUUGGCUCACCGAUCAAAAUGUCGAAAGCUUUGGGUCUUCAUUUAUCUGUUUGUUGCUGUAUUUUGUUCUAGUUGACCAAUAAGUUGAAUUCUGGAGAGUGAACUAUGGCUUUGUAAAGGAGUUAAGAGGAUUAUUAAUGUUAAGCAAAAUGGUGGUCAUAUGUGAGAGCUCCAAUGGAAACAGUAUGUGGUCCUCUGGAUCAGUAAAAGAGAUUGUGUUGCA